AUGUCCCUGCCGGGGAGCAGGCGGCCCUCCACAGGAUCCCGAAGUCGUGAGUUUUACGGAAGGAGUGGCUUUGCUUCGUUCUUUAAGCCUGCGGCGGCCCCUCUCACUCCGCCGGAGAAACAGCCUCUUCUUCCUGCCUCCAGGCGCCCCUCCCCGCCCGUGAGCAUGCGGGACACCUAUGGCACCUCUUCGCUCAGCAGCAGCAGCAACUCCGGCUCCUGUAAGGGCAGCGACAGCAGCCCCACCCCAAGGCGGCCGGUCAAGUACCUGCUGUGCAGCGACAACCAUGGCAUCAAACCCCCGACCCCUGAGCAGUACCUGACCCCUCUCCAGCAGAAGGAGGUCUGUAUUCGACACCUGAGGGCCCGGCUGAAAGACACUCAGGAGAGGCUGCAAGACAGAGACUCUGAGAUUGACGAUCUAAAGACGCAGCUCUCGAGGAUGCAGGAGGACUGGAUCGAAGAAGAGUGCCAUCGUGUGGAGGCCCAGCUGGCUCUGAAGGAGGCCCGGAAGGAGAUCAAGCAGCUGAAGCAGGUGAUCGACACCGUCAAGAACAACCUCAUCGAGAAGGACAAAGGGCUGCAGAAGUACUUUGUGGACAUCAACGUUCAGAACAAGAAACUGGAGACUUUGCUGCACAGCAUGGAAGUGGCGCAGGACGGGACGGUCAAAGAGGAAGGGGCUUCGGAGUCGGCGGGGGGCUCCCCUGCCCGUUCGCUCACUCGCAGCUCCACCUAUACCAAGCUGAGUGACCAGGGGGCAGCCGACCGGAACGUGGGCGGUUCCCAGACCAUCUCUGUGGAGGAGAUGGCGGACAGCGGCUUCAUGGAGCAGAGCAGCCUGUUGUCCUCUGGAGUGGAAUGCGGCCUGGACGAGACCUCCUUGCAAACCUCGUUCACCCUGGGCUCCCGGAUGCCGACGAGCUCCACGUACGAGAAGCUGAUGGGGUCCCAACACAGCGUGGAGGCUGCGGUUCAGGCCACCUGCAUGCAGGAGCAAGCCAUACAGACAGACUUUGUGCAUUAUCAGCCGGAUCUCGACACUAUCUUGGAAAAGGUGAUGAAGUCCCAGGAGUGCAGUUCGGGCAACCCCACGUUGGUUUGGGUGUCCGAAACAGAGAACGGUGCCGAGCCUCACAACUCAGAGAUCCGCAUCCAAAAUUGCCCCGACGGGGACGGGGAUUUGGCAGCCGCCGAUCCCAACUCGGCCGGGGCGGUUGCCUUGGGAGACCGUGCCAAGGAUCCCGCCGGACCGUCGGGUUCCCUGAGGUCGCCAGAUGACAACAACCCAGCGGUGCACCAGCCUUCGACCACAAGCCAGUCAGUAAGCGUCAUGUGUGCUCCAGACGAGGAGGCCGCCGAGCCGAGCCAAGAAGGGGCGGCGGCCGCGUCGCUAGAACCCCAAAGUUACUGGAGCCGCCACUUCAUCGUGGAUCUCUUGGCCGUGGUGGUGCCGGCAGUGCCGACGGUCGCCUGGCUUUGCCGCACUCAGAGGAGGCCAGGCCAGCCCAUCUACAAUAUCAGCUCCCUCCUGCGGGGCUGCUGCACGGUCGCCUUGCACUCCAUCCGCAAGAUCAGCUGCCGCUCCGUGGGCGGGGCCGGCAGCACCUGCCCCCAGCCGUGA